AUGUGUGUUUCUGUUGUAGGGUUAUGGCCUAACAUCAGGGAACAUAGGCAACAGGAUCCAGAAAUUUUGAAUGGCCUCAGCUGGUCGUCAUCAGUUGACUGGGUAUUCCAGGAUAACUAUGAAAGAGAUCCAACUUUAUCUUGGCAGUAUUUUGGAGCACAAACAGGCUUUAUGAGAGUGUAUCCAGCUACCAGUUGGUACGUCCCUCCUAAUCUUAUCGACCUCUAUGAUGCCCGACUACGUCCGUGGUACGUGCAAGGCUCUGUUUCCCCCAAGGAUAUGAUCAUACUGAUGGACAGGAGUGGAAGUGUUCAUGGGCAGACAUUCACAAUAAUGAAGUGGGCAGUAAAGACUUUAAUUGAUACUCUUGGAGAAAAUGAUUUUGUAAAUGUUGCUGCUUUCAACAAUACUACUCAGUGGGUCAACAACUGCACAUACUGCCAGGUUAACAAGACAACAGGCAAUACAUCAUGCACCCAAGCAUUAGUGCAGGCCAGCACCAGCAAUAAGAAACUUUUAUUCCAUGCCAUUGAUGAGCUAACUGAUGGAGGGAUGGCUAGCUAUUCCAAUGCACUCAAUUUUGCGUUCAAUGCUUUCAAACAGUUUGAAGGUACAAAGAAGGAGGGAGAAGGUGCCAGUUGCCACAAAACCAUCAUGCUUUUUAGUGAUGGAGGAACAGAAUGGCCACAAGAAGUCUUUAACAAAUUCCAGGCAGAUAACUAUACCAAGUCAGUACGAAUCUUCACAUACGCUGUCGGACCUCACCCAAUCCCCACUGCAGUUUUAAAACAGAUGGCUUGCUCUACCGGAGGGAAAUAUUCAGUUAUUACUACAAGAAGUAGCGUGAGAACUAAAAUACAGGAAUCGUACACAAGCUUACUCUACCCUGCUCAGCCCCUGAAUGGAAAUCACAUUGACCAAUACACAACUGCGUACACAAGUGCUGUGGUAAUUGAGACAGAAUCCUGUACUGCUGUCCACCCCAAACACCUGAUAAAUAUUUGGUCUUGUUUCCACUCUAUCCAGGUGUUGUUGUUGUGUCUGGCAACUGAAGAUUUCCUUACUUAAAUGAAAUGCAAUGCAAUGCAGUAGAGCAGUUUUUUUAUUGAUUGCUUGUAAGAUAUAUCAUGAUUAAUUACUGAAAACUGGUUUAUUACCUUUAACAGUUUUAAUUAAAAUUCCAUGAAUGCUUUUUCAUUUGUUUAUAAUGUAAAUAAUCUUUCAGUUGUUAGAUUCAAAAAUUUCUACUGAAUUCUCAGCUGUGUAGUUUUUGGACUCACAGUUUCCACCUACUCUCUGCAGAUCUUUGUUAUACUAGAAUAUAAGACAAUAUAACAUUAAAAUCACAAUUAAUGAGCAGUUCAGAACCAGAUGCCUGCAGAGAGCUGGUUUGUUGAUGUGGUGUGGUGACUUUUUCGCUAUUAAUAAAGUGUAUAUUUUUCUUCUUUAGAGCAAACAUUGGUGGAGGACCCUCUUUCAUCCAUCAAAAUUGUAAUGUUCUUCAAACACCCAUGAGUUGACAGAUUCUCAAAGUAACUCAAAGUAACUGCUCAUCUUCUUUGCUAAGCAACGCUGUCAUACUUCGGUAGUGCAACCUCUUUGAGAUGUUUCACCCUUUUUUUGUCGUAAUGUUGUUGAUUUUUAGACUCUCACUCCUCUUUGUUUUACUAAUCUUAAUUGUAUUUGUGUAGAAUUUUGUAUACUGUAAUAUCAGAUGACAUUUGGGGUUAAAAUCAAGUACCAUGAUUGCAUGCAUAUACAGUAGCUUAUUUUUAUAGAUCCCUAACUAUACCAUAAUUAUUACUUUCCUUUUUAUGUUGUGAAUUCAUAGAAAUCUUUGAUAUCUGCCAACUCAGUUAAUCAUAUUUUUUUCAUAAGUAAGUUUUAAUUCUAUAGCAUUUACCUUCUCUUGAUAGUGAACCUAUAUUUUAUCUUUUAAAAUUCUAUAGUGAAUGUUUGUUUUUAGCUUUAAUAUAAUGUGGUGAUUUGUCAUUUGUACUGAUUUUCGAGUUUAUUUUUAAGGACUGAUUUUUUUUUUUUUUUUUUUUGCUCUGUUUGUUUAAUUCCUUUAAGUUUUCAGUUCAUAUGUUUGGCUUACUUUCUUCAAACAGAUGACUUCACUGCCUAACUUCUGCUUUCACCUUGGAAGGUAUUGGAUAUUUUGAGUUGUCCACACUAUAGCCAGUUAGUGUAAGGCUGCCAGAUCUGUUGUAGUUAUUUUUAUUCCAGUAUCUGAAUAGUUCCACUUUUUACACAUUUAGUCACUUUAUAACUGGCAUAAAAGAAGAUGAAAAGUUUUGCUCUGUCAGUUAUUUAAUUGCCAUACUUUGGUAAAAUGAACACACUGAUAUGUAGAUAUACUUAUUUGCUAAUGGAGUAAUACGUUUGUGAGUUUAAAAAUGAUUGCUUGUUAGUAGUCUGUCUUGUACGUGAUAUUUUACCAAUUGCCUAUGAUCAUCAUUGUGGGUCAUUCUGAAUGUUUUUAAAAUCUCUCAAUGCCAGAAAUCUGGAUGUCUUAUUUAAACCGCAUCAUCACACACAUCUAUCAGUAUUGUAAUGUCAAAGCUGCCAAUAUUAGCCUGGUAUCAACUUUAGUAAUAACUUUGGUAGAGCUUUAGUAGAGUGGUUAUUGCACUGUAGUCAUAUAUUCAAAUCAACUUAGAGAGCAGUGUUAGUGUGUCACUCAGUUUAAACUUGUUUUUGUAAAAGAACUGUCAUAAUUGGCUUGUAAAAACCCAAUCAGUUCACUCAGUCUUUGUUAGGAACUCUAGGCCCAAGGAUGGGUGGGUUCUAAAUAC